CUGACCAUGGUUUGGUGCUGUUGGCUCUCUCUGUCUGCUCAACCCAGGCUGUGCAGAGCUCCCUGCGGGAUCAGAGCGCUCCCCCGCCGGGACCCUACUCUCACAUCCUCCUGCUGGGACACGGCUACAUUUCCAGCCAAGCCUGGCUUUAUUAUGUGUGUCUGCGCUGCAGCCCCGCCAGCAGUCGGAUCGGGAGGCGGAGGGAAGACCAGAGUCAGGACAAAGAAAAAGGGAGAGAGAGGCUAGCGAUCGCAAACAUUUGACUGGUGUAAGGAAUUAAAAAGGGAGAUAUAUAAACAAAUCCCUAGGGGUGAAAAUGCUGGCUACGGUUGCAUUGCCCGUGCCACCUUCUGAAAAAUAACGGACGGAGGGAGGUUCGGUGUUUGCAAGAUCAGGAAGAAAGAGACGUAGUUCCGAGAACUGCACCAACAAAACAUCAAGACGAACAGGAGGAAAAUAACAAAAACGUUAAGUUUUUUUUAACUGAAUUGUUUUAUUGUAUAUUCAAGAUAAUCACAAUAUUUGGACGUAUUGGCACCUUUCUAACGGCCGAUCAGGUGUUACCGCAUGGCUGUCAUUUUGGCUUUGGCUGCUACUUGAAACUCAGACUGCCGAUAAAGUCGAGCUAUCGCCAACGUGUGUAUCAAUGUAAAGGAACAAAAGAUACCUUCGCUACGGACAGCAGGAGAACGACAAGUUAUUUCGUUUAAUCUACAGGUUGAGUCCAGCUGAAGAAGUUAAAUUGCUGGAGUAACCGGACGGUGCGCCUCUCUACAGUUCCUAAUUGUACCCACCUCUUUAACUGGACUAUAGGCUACUACCAGAGACAGAAGUUGCCGCAUUGCAACAGGCAAAGAAGUGAUAAAAAAACGCCAACUGAAGUAUUGAUCUGUAUGACUGUAUUCACAAAGCAUUAGCGAUCGAUACAAAUAGAAAUUACUAUCACAAACCAGAGAUGUCUAGACGAAAACAGGCCAAACCGCGCUCCGUAAAAGCAGUGGAAGAAGGCGAGUCAUCGGACUUUGCAGGAAACUGGGAUUCAUCAUCCAUCCAAACAGACGCCCCCGUUGCAUCCGACCGUGACACUGAGAGGAAGGAGCGGCGUGCUGCCCUGGAGGACGGCGACCACAGCGUCACCAGCCACGACGAGCUGGAUGACGAGUCCAUCUUCACCUGCGACAACUGUCAGCAGGACUUCGAGUGUCUGGCCGAGCUGACUGACCACCGCACCAACCACUGUCCGGCAGAUGGUGACGAUGACCCUGGGCUGUCCUGGGUAGCGUCCUCUCCCUCCAGCAAAGACGUGGCGUCGCCGUCACAGAUGCUGGGGGACGGCUGCUGCGAUCUGGGCAUCGGCACAGGGGAGGAGGAAGGGGGCGCCGGGCUGCCCUACCCCUGCCAGUUCUGCGACAAGUCCUUCAGCCGCCUUAGCUACCUGAAGCGCCACGAGCAGAUCCACAGCGACAAGCUGCCCUUCAAGUGCACCUUCUGCAGCCGCCUGUUCAAGCACAAGCGCAGCCGCGACCGCCACGUCAAACUCCACACCGGUGACAAGAAGUACAGCUGCCAGGAGUGCGAGGCCGCUUUCUCCCGCAGCGACCAUCUCAAGAUCCACCUGAAGACCCACAGCUCCAGCAAGCCCUUCAAGUGCAGCGUGUGCAAGAGAGGCUUCUCCUCCACAUCCUCGCUACAGAGCCACAUGCAAGCCCACAGAAAGAACAAGGAGCACCUGGCCCUGCGUGCUGAGAAGGAAGGGGAGAAGCGUGGCAGCAACGCGGGCAGUGGAGGGGAAAUGGACCAGGACCUGUACAUGUGCGACUACUGUGAUGAAACCUUCAGUCUUAUGGAUGAGCUGGAGAAACAUGUAGUGACCCGUCACCCACAGCUGUCUGACCGGGCUGACCUGCAGUGCAUUCACUGUCCCGAGAUCUUCACCGACGAGGGCACCCUGCUGUCCCACAUCGAGAGGACCCACCCCAACCGAAAACACAAGUGUCCCGUGUGCUCCGACCAGUUCCCCUCCGUAGAAGACGUCUACUGCCACUUGGACAGCCACCGGCAGCCCGACUCCAGUAAUCACAGUGCAAGUCCUGACCCUGUCCUGGGCAGCGUGGCGUCCAUGAGCAGCGCCACUCCAGACUCCAGUGCCUCUCUGGAGAGGGGUUCAACCCCUGACUCCACUCUGAAGCCCACCCAGAGCCGACGCAAGCUGGCCCCGAAUUCUGACCACGAUGACGGGGGUCACUGGACGGCCAAGGUUACCUACAGCUGUCCCUACUGCUCCAAGAGAGAUUUCAACAGCCUGGCUGUGCUCGAGAUCCACCUGAAGACCAUCCAUGCGGACAAGCCCCAGCAGAGCCACACCUGCCAGCUGUGCCUGGACACCCUGCCAACGCUCUACAACCUCAACGAGCAUGUUCGCAAAGCCCACCGGGGCAGCGGGGCAACGGCGGCCUUCCCCAUCCUCCAGUUCACCAACAUGUCGGCCUUCCACUGCAACUACUGCCCAGACAUGUUCGCGGACAUUAACACCCUGCAGGAGCACAUCCGUGUGUCCCACUGCCUGCCUGGGGGAGUGGUCGCGGGCUCCACUACCCUGGAGGGCAACCAUGCUUUCUUCUGCAACCAGUGCUCCAUGGGCUUCCUCACCGAGUCCUCUCUCACUGAGCACAUCCAGCAGACCCACUGCAGUGGAGGAGGGGUGCCCAAGAUGGAGUCCCCUGUCUUGCAGCCCUCCCAGUCCUUCAUGGAGGUAUACUCUUGCCCCUAUUGCACCAACUCGCCCAUCUUCGGCUCCCUGCUCAAGCUCACCAAGCACAUCAAGGAGAACCACAAAAACAUCCCACUGGCCAAUAACAAGCGGCAAGCCAAGGUGGUGGACCUCAGCCCCGCCUCAUCCGAUGUGGAGAUCUCCUCGCCCAAACGUCAUAGGCUGGCCGGAGACUCCACCUUGACUGGUUCCAGUGGAGACUAUCCCUGCAACCAGUGUGACCUGCGCUUCAGCAACUUCGAGGCCUUCCAGGCCCACCUCAAGUCCCACUUGGACAUGCUACUCAGAAGGCAAUCCUGUCCGCAAUGUAACAAAGAAGACUUCGACUCCCAGGAGUCCCUGUUGCAGCACCUCACGGUCCACUACACCACCACGUCCACCCAGUAUGUGUGUGAGAGCUGUGAUAAGCAGUUCUCCUCUGUAGAUGACCUGCAGAAGCACCUGCUGGAUAUGCACACCUUUGUUCUGUACCACUGUACGCUGUGUCAGGAGGUGUUUGACUCCAAGGUGUCCAUCCAGGUCCAUCUGGCCGUCAAGCACAGCAAUGAAAAGAAGAUGUUCCGCUGCACGGCCUGCUCCUGGGACUUUAGGAAGGAGAGUGACCUUCAGCUGCAUGUCAAGCACAGCCACCUGGGCCACACCAGCAUCCCUGGGGUAGUCGGCAAAGCCCGCAAGUGUAUCUUCUGUGGGGAGACAUUCGGCACCGAGGUUGAGCUGCAGUGCCACAUCACCACUCACAGUAAGAAGUUCAACUGCCGCUUCUGCGGUAAGGCCUUCCAUGCCAUUGUGCUGCUGGAAAGGCACCUGCGGGAGAAGCACUGUGUGUUUGAUGGGAGCAAUGUCACCGGGAAUGGGGGAAGCCAGAACGGCACGCCCAACGGGGUGACCCAGACCUCCAAGCGAGGGGGCGGAGGUGAAAGAUCAACAGUGGCCACGGAGCAGGCUGAUCUGCAGAACAUGCUGAAGAACGCCAGCCAAGAAGUGGCCAACAGCCACGAGGCCAGCGGAGGAGAGGAGGAGCUGGACAACUCUGAGCCCAUGUACGCCUGUGAUAUCUGUGGAGCUGCCUACACAAUGGAGAGUCUGCUGCAGAAUCACCGGCUGAGGGACCACAACAUCCGGCCGGGAGACGAUGAUGCCGGCAGCCGCAAGAAGAAGGCAGACUUCAUCAAGGGCAACCAUAAGUGCAACGUGUGUUCACGGACUUUCUUCUCUGAGAACGGCCUCAGGGAGCAUGCCCAGACCCACCGUGGACCAGCAAAGCACUACAUGUGCCCCAUCUGUGGAGAGCGUUUUCCCUCCUUGCUCACACUCACCGAACACAAGGUCACUCACAGCAAGAGCCUGGACACGGGGACCUGCCGCAUCUGUAAGAUGCCCCUGCAGAGCGAGGAGGAGUUUAUAGAGCACUGCCAGAUGCACCCUGACUUGAGGAACUCAUUGACCGGCUUCCGCUGUGUGGUGUGCAUGCAGACCGUCACCUCCACCCUGGAGCUCAAGAUCCAUGGCACCUUCCACAUGCAGAAGCUCUCAGCUGGUGGGGGCAGUGGGGGUGGAUGCGGUUCAGCCUCCUCCUCUCCCAACGGCCAGCUGCAGCAACACAAGCACUACAAGUGUGCCCUGUGCCUCAAGGAGUUCAAGAACAAGCAGGAGCUGGUGAAGCUGGAUGUCAAUGGCCUUCCCUAUGGGCUGUGUGCCGGAUGCAUGAGUCGAGGCACCAACGGCCAGUCUCCCAGUGGGGGCACGACGCCCCAGGAGGCCGGGGGAGAGAAGUCUGUGACAGGCCUGCGAUGCCCGGAGUGCGCUGUGAAAUUUGAGACCCUGGAAGACCUGGAGAGCCACGUUCAGAUGGACCACCCCGAGAUGAGUCCGGAGACCAGUGGGACAAGGAAAGUGACGGACGCCUCACCGGUCCCUAAAAAGAAGACGUACCAGUGCAUCAAAUGCCAAAUGACCUUCGAAACAGAGCGGGAGAUCCAGAUCCACGUGGCCAAUCACAUGAUCGGAGAACCUGUCCAGCUGCAAGAGGAAGGGAUCAAUCACGAGUGCAAGCUGUGUAACCAGAUGUUUGACUCUCCGGCCAAGCUCCUGUGCCACCUGAUCGAGCACAGUUUCGAAGGGAUGGGCGGCACCUUCAAGUGUCCGGUCUGCUUCACAGUCUUUGUCCAGGCCAAUAAGCUGCAGCAGCACAUCUUCGCUGUCCAUGGUCAGGAGGACAAGAUCUACGACUGUUCCCAGUGUCCACAGAAGUUCUUCUUCCAGACGGAGCUCCAGAACCACACACUGAGCCAGCACGCGCAGUGAGACUGGGCCCGGCACGACUCCCGGCUCAGCCCAGAACCCCGACCCAGGCCCGGUGGGGGACGACCAUUUCAACAUCACAGCCAAUCAAAGUGUCAUUUGCUACUCACAUGUAAAACUCUAAAGAUUCCGCCACCAGGCGCAGCUAUUACGAGCAGUGGGGAAUGAAUAUUAAUGGGAUAUGCUAUUAAAAAAGAGAAGGAGAGAAAAAAGGUGAUGGAGAGAAGGUAUUGUACGUGCAGUAUUUUUUAUCGUUCCUGCUUUCCGGUUGUGCGUUUUUUUUAAACAAAAGAUAAAAUGUGAGAAAAAAAAAACGCCCUCUGUCUCUGAUUUUAGUCUGUAGAAAUGCUUCACUUACCUUCUCCUCUGUUGCUUCUUGUAUCAGACUUCAUAGGUGCCAAUUAUUUUCUCCCUCUUUUGCAUAUGUUUUUUCUCUUUUGUUUUUGUACCUUUUAUUUCUUGCAGUAAAUAGGUACUUGUGCUGUGUUGUGAUUGUUUGCCAGUCGUAAUAUUUCUGAGUUUUUCUCCUUUUUAUUAUUGUUAUAUAUUUUCUUUUUGUAAUUACCUAAAACAAAAUAAAGUUAAGAAAAACAUAAUGGUUUGAUUGGAUUUUCCAGUCUAUGGACCUAAUGGUUAUUGUAAAAAAUUUAAAUAAUCAAUUUCAGUGCAACUGGAUGAUGUCUGCUUUUUAAAUGUGAAUUAACCAGAUUGCAAUAACUAGUACAGUCAAAAAAAUAAAAAACAAGCAAAUAAAUCAUGAAGAAAGGUAAUGUGUGUG